AUGUGGUCCAACUUCUUUGUGCAGCAGGAAGAGGAGGGCCGCAUGGGGGUCGCAGGGGGCGGUCAGGGUGGGGGUCUGGCCGGAAUGAAGGGUUUUAGAGGAGGACAAAGAAGGACCAACAAGAUGAGUGACAGCCAGGAGGGUAAGAUCAAGCUGGUCUUUUUUGUGGCGAUCGUUGGGGUGACCCUGACGGUGCUGGGCAUGGGAACAGAGUUCUGGGUAGAGCUGGCCCAGCCAAAGAAUUACAGCGGCAACCAGACCUGCCAAAUGGCCCACUACGGCCUGUGGAAGGGCUGCAUCCGCACCCUGUGGGUGGCCGACAUCGACCCGGAGAGGACGAGCUGCGGCCCUGCUGAACUACCUGGAGAAUCCAACUGCACCUACUUCAAGUUCUUCACCUCUGGGGAGAACGCAGUCAUAUUCAAGAAGACGACCAACAGAAAUUUGAACCUAGCAGCAGCCAUUUUGGCUCUUUUGAGCCUGACCAUGAUGGUGAUGGGCUCCAUCUGUAUUGCCAUGUCGCUCAACAAAGGAGUGCCCUUCUUUCUCAAACCAGCAUCCUUCUGUUUCAUCCUAUCAGGUGUUCUGGUUCUCCUGUCAGUGCUGAUUUUCCACCAGUCUGUACUGGCUUUGCUGUCCAGUGACCACUCCAUACCUCUUCACCACGAGCUGUCUUGGUCUGUCGCCUGUGUCGGCUCAGCCGGGGCCAUCCUCAUUAUUGGAGGUGUCCUGUUCAUCUUCCUUGCUCUCCCUUUUAGUCCCUGGCAAAAAUGCUUUCCACACAAGGAUAGCACCACCUAGCCCUUAAAAUAUGAAUACUGCAAACGAUAUCCUCAGUAUUUGUUUUGAGGAAGCGAACACCAAAUUCCAACAGCUGUGACUUUAAGCUUGCAUUUGGUAUGUAACUUGUCAUAAAAGACACACUAGGUCUUAACUGAAGUUGAGAAGAGGAAUGAAUGACACAUAAAACACAGGAAGGCCUCUAGACUUAGGAUUUUACAAUAAUCUUUGUUAUGUCAGUAAUGUGUAGCGAUAAAGAUGAAACGACUCUUUUAGAAUUAAAGCCGAAUCACAAAUAAACCAAUAUGUCUUUGCAUGCCAAAAGCUGUAAAACUGCAAAUAAAUAUUCUAUUUUUACUAAUAUGCUUUUCUGUUUGCUUUGUUUUGAGGUUUGCUUAUAUUUAUCACCGCCGUUAUAAAUACAAAAACAUAAUGUAAAUCAUAGAUCUAAAUGAUCAAAUUAUGGAGUUAUGUUAGUUCAUGACAAUCAUAACUUUUCUGAGAUUUUCAAGACAUUAGCCAUAAUGUAAAAUGCCAAAAUCAGUUGCCAUUGUUGUACUUGUUGAUCUUUGGACCUUGUACAGACUUUUCCCCGAGAGCCACCAGGGACGAAGUUUGACACAAACAAACUGAACAAAACUUUUUCAAAUUUUAUGCAAAAUGUAAUAGACAAUGCAAUUUCUUCUGCUGAUACAUAAAUUAAGAACUUCCAUAUUUAUUCCUACUUAAGAGACCCAUAAUUACUUAGAUUGAAGGUUAAAACAUUGUAACUGCUGUUUGAAGAAAACUGGCACAUUUCAAACCUCAGAUAUUUCGUUCAGUGAUUCUGACUUUAAGAAAGAAUAUAGUGGUGAGACUUUAAGUGCUGCCUGAGGCCUUCAGAAAGAUUGUAGCAGCUUAUGAAUCUGAUAAGGGGUUCAAAGAAGUCUCAAAAUAAUGUGAAAUCAGCCAGCUGUCUUUAAAACUGCAAGUGGAUGACAUUCAAAACAACUGCUGACAGGUACAGGUGUAGAUGUUCAAGCAUGUUCUAAAAGCAGACCACAAGAUUUAAAAAUAUGUUUCCAAAAACCCUAAAAUGUGAUUAAAGGACCUCUAGCAGGCUAUCGUUUUUGUUGACAUGAAAAUGCAUGUUUCUGCGAUUAGAAAGAGACUACACAAGUCUAACUUUGAUGAAAGGUGUGCAAAACAAGAAAAUGAGGGACGAACGUAGACCAAGACCAGGAUUUCUGGAAUUAUAUUGUUUGGGCAAAAGUAUAAAAAGUUGUGUAAUUUGGACUCCAAAAUAGAGUACAUGUUUGGCAUAAACUAUAUUAAAAAAAUUUCAGAUUUUAAGUCUCAAAGUCUUGGGAUCCUUUGCUGCAGUAGGAGUUGACAUCUUACUGUCAAAUAAUGAAUGAUUGGUCAAUUCGUACAAGUUUGAUAGUACAUUUUUAAACUAUGAUAUUGUGUGUGAAACUACAAUAUCAUUGUUGUUCUGAUAAGUACCCGAAUUAUAUGAGUUUUAUAAGCAUUUAAGUGUCGUCAGUCAUCAUUGUGUAUAAAUCUUUGGCCUCUCUGCCAUUCCGCUUCUACUCGCAGGUUGUCAGAUCAACAUUUACCAAAAUAUGAAUUGAACAUUCAAUUAUUAUCUUACAACUAUAUGUAUUUAGUUUCUUCAAAGUCAAGAGUUUACAUACAGUUCCUUAAUGACUGCUAGCACUUCCUUUUAAUAGUAAGACCUGGGCCAAAUAUUUAGAUUUUACUUUGGCAAGCUUUUCACAAUGGUUUGCUGGACCUUUGGCCUAUUUUUCCUGACGGAACAGAUGCAGUCUGUCUGGAUCACACACACCUUUUCAGGUCUGCCCACAAGUUUUCUCUGGUGCUGGUGAUUGCCACUCCAAAAUAUUACCUUUGUCAUUCUUAAGACAACGUAACUAACUUGGCAAUGUGCUUUGGGUCGUUGUCCUUAUAUCCAGUUGUGCCUAAGGUUUUACUUCCUGGAUGAUGUCCUGAUAAGUUGUUGAAAUAUCUCCAUGUACAGUAGUGUUAUUUUCUCAUGAUCCCAUCUAUUUUGUGACAGGCACCAGUUCCUUCUGCAGCAAAACACCAGCACAAAAACAAACUGCCAUUCCCGUACUUCCCAGUUGGGACGAUUUUUUCAGACUUGCAAAUUUCCUAAUUUUCUUCCAAAAAUAAAAAUUGUCAUUAUGGUCAAACACUCCAGUUUUAGCUUCAUCACAAAUUAAAACAUGUAUCUAGAAAAUGUGUAUUUGUACCUGUGAGCAUUUAAAACUGUAAUUGGGUUUUUUGUGUGGUUUUUCCAAGUAGUGGAGUCUCCCAUGAGACCUUUGAGUGCAUGUCGGCUCAGGACUGGUGUUUUGAGUUAAACAACAUCUUUAUGCAGAAGAAUAACUUUCUGAAUGGGUUUGCGUAACACAUCAAACUGAAUGGUGUCCCGUCUUCUGUUUGUGUUUUAUGAUUGUUCAGCGAUUUUCUUAAUGAAUGCAUAACUUCAUUUGCCAUGUUAAUGAAAUGUUUUGCUACUUUUCAUCCUGAGAAGCAGCUACUACUUUAAUUUUCUUAAAUAUGACAGUGCACUUUGUUUACUGUUGUCAUGUAUAUAGCAUCUGUUUUGGUCAUAAUUAAAACAAUAUAACAUGAA